AAUUUCUGAGCAUCUAAACUUUUUUAUCAUCUGCUGGUCUUUGCAUGCCACCUGCAGCUUCCACAAAAGUAUCCAAAAAUUCCCACUUAAUUUCUUAUGCUGACCCAUGAUAUAUUGACAUCAUGAUGGGGAAAGUAACAAUGUGGAAGGGAUACCUAUAGUUUGUUUCAAACCCUUUGUGCAUUCAUUUCUCCUUGUUGUGAGUUUAACUGCAUGUCCUAUGACCUAGAAUUGGUAAUGGGUAGAGGGGCUGAGGAGAGUGGGGAGAGAGGUGAAUAUAUUCUGCUAUUCCACCAGAACAGAAAAGAAGGAGCUGUGGGAUUUAUGCAGAAGAAGGAAAAGAAAUGGUGACUGGAUGAUUUUGGAAUUGUGAAGCAGGACAGAGAACAUUUGGCAGGAGCUCUUUGAAGUGAAUAGCCUUGAGGAAAAGUAAAAGUCCAAGAGGAAAGGAGGCAGAUUGAGCUAUAUAUCCCAUGUUAAUGGAAACAAAAUGGAGGGAAAGAAAGACAAUGACUCAUGAUUUAGGGCCUCAGGACCAGGGAGAGCAGAGAGAAACAAAGCAGAAGAAUAAGGAAAAAAGGAGAUGAAAGGAAGGGCUUAAGUAACAGCAGGAGAAAUAUGAAGCCUUGAAGAAAAAGAACAAUCAGAAUGAUUGGGAGAAAGAGAAGAACCAAGAAAUAUAAUAAUGAAGAGGAAGCUAAGGAUGAGCACAGCCUAGGUCUGCCCUUUGCAACAAGCCUUAAUCAGGAGGAAAAAAGGAUACAAAGAGUCAGUAAAAUGGAUUUAUUUUCUUUUGAAAUUGAAAAAGAUGAAAAGGGACUUGGAAUCCUUAUUCGUCUCUUCUAUGAUCCAGCAGAUAGGGAAGAGAAAAAACCAAGUGUCUUCAUCAUGGAAAUUGUUGAAGGAGGUGCAGCACAUAAAUCUGGAAAGAUUCAAAUUGGACGAGAUUCACCUGAGAAUAUAAGGAGACUUGUCAAAUAUCUCCAGAAGGAGGAGGAAUGGAAGAGAAGUUUCCAUAAUUCAGCCAAAAAACAGGAAAGAGCUACCAGAAACAGCCAGAAGCUAACAGAACAAAUAGAAGCUACCAAAACCCCUGAAAAGGAAAGCAUGAGCUAUGAAAUUUCAACUCUGGCAUCACUCUGGAGAACUAGAGAAAUUGAAUUCAAAAAAAAGGAGAUAGCAAUAAAAAGUGUUCUGAAAAAGAAAGUCCAGAGAGACACUGAAUUCCUCAAGACAGCAUAUGCCACGAUAGCAGAAGCUGAAGCUAAAUUAUCAGUAUAUGAAAAGAAAAAUGAAAUUAAGAUGGACCUACAGUCAAAGUUGGAAGAGAAAGAACAUCUACCGAAUGUCUCAGGAGUGACACAGGCCAAUGCGUCUUCCAAUUCGGAUGUUAAAAAUAAGAGAACAUCUACUACACAAAGUUCAUCACUGGUAAAGGCUGCAAGGAAGUUUGCAAGAUGGUUCCGGUAAUAUCUCUGUUUUGCAUACUGACAACAAAAUUAGAACAAAUAAAAGUUUCUUCCUGCUCAGCUUCAA